AUCCCACCAAAUUUCAUGCGAUUCGGUUUAAUAAUUUUUGAGUUAUGCGAAUAACACACAAACACACACACACACACAAACAUACAAAUAAAUACACAGUGAUCAAAACAUAACCUUCCGCAUUCUCAGAAUGCGAAGGUAAUCAUCCUGUGAUACAUCUGCUCGCAAAGUACCGUGAAUACCACAUACCAAAAUGAAUAACACAAUAAAGUUUGAGUAACAGUAGAACAACACUUACAUGCACGGGACGAGAAAUUAUUUAAAUCCAAUAAAUCACUAUUUGACAGUUUCAGAUUGCAAUGGUGAUAACAGAGCACACGCUAGGGGUGAUAAAUAUAUAUUAUAUCUGAAGUCACACCCCAACAAACACUUAAAAUACUAAACAGACCCAUCAAAUACUAAUGGACACGUAUUCAUGUUGUCAAACUACAUUGAUAUUAUAUCUUGAACACAUUUUUGUUUAAAUGCCUGUAACAUUAGCUAAAAAAAAAGGGUAAUGAUUCAAUUUGGAAUUCAAGUUUCAAUUCUAGAAAGUAAAAAACGAUUAAAGUGAUUCAAUGAUUUUCCAGCUGUGCAUUCUUCAUUCCUCUCACAUGAAACAAGUCAAAACACGAUUUGUAGCCGAUAACAGAUAACAAAAAGCACACUCAAUCCGUUUUUGAAAACAUGUUGUGGGAGUUUGACGUCAGAAUGAUAAGCGUACCAGUCUGUUCCAUGUUUCUUUUCACACUUGAGUUCACACAGUCUCAAUAUUGUUUUCUACUCUUUAUACCAUUUUAAUAUUAAAAGUGGGAAUUUCAGGGAGAACAUUUUGACAUCUCUCUUCCAGUUUUAGUAGCCUAGAAGCAAAUUUAUGAGCUUUCAUUUAGCAUUUCUCAAACUUUAUGACGCUCUGAUGAAGGCUUUUGAUGGGGCCUUUUACAAUUGAAGUGUUACGGUAUAUUUAAAUGACAUCUUUAUUAGAAACAACCACUUUGCCACCUGGAAAAUAACUAGCCCUCCACAGCGAUCAUCCAACAGGCUUGAGGAGAGAGAGCUGGGUGGGGAGAUAUCUGGCCUGACAGUAAUAUAAUCAACAUGUUGUACAUGCUCUUCUAAUGACAUACAAUACUCCACACACAGCCUUUUUCUUGAGGUAUCAUCACAGUGUGCCGAGUGUAACUCCUCAAAGGGCCCAUUGGUACAUAUCUUUGGCAGAGCGGUUGGUCUGACAUUAUAUCGAGACUCCGAGCUGAUCCUCCUCUGUACAGCAACGCCUCAAAUCUAUUGCCUCAUAACCGUAAGAAACUCCCCUCACUGCGGCACCGGCCGAAUGACUUACCUGAUACUCUGCCAAACACUUUGCUCUCAAAGAGAAGUUGUUGUUAUUUACCUAUUUAUGAACUCACUUAUAUAUAUUGUUUGUUUUGUUUAACUGGGUGUGUGUUCAACUUGUUCUGACUACUGUUUGGCUUAGAGAAGAUAAAGCUGAUGAGGUGCAUCACUGCUUCUGUAAAAAAACAACAUUCAACAACAUGUAUUUGCUUUUGGUGUUAAUGUUAAAAACACCUGAUGUCUGGUGACAAGUCAAAAUGUGAAACACAUAUCAUCAUGGAAUACUUAUUUCCCCUUACGAUGGCAGACUUCUGACACCAAAUAGUUGUUGCAUGCAUCAGCAGAUCCAACUCAUUGUUUUUGUCUAGACAGCUCUAACAUUUUGUUUCCCCCCCCAAACCCUCUCUGCAACCUUACUUCCAAUCAUUUCCCGCCCACAUCAUCACUCCCUUUGCUUUAUAUAAGCUGCUUGCUGAUUCAGUCCCAAUAUCUUUGAGAAACUUAAGCUCCGGCGAGACAACAAUAUAACGAUGAUUUCGAUUGGAGGCAUCACAGGAUUUCUGAUAAUUGCACUGCUCCACGGUGCAGAUGUGGGAGAGACCAAAAGAAACGCUCUCAACGAACCCGACGUGCCUUUCCCACCUGCCGCUCCCACUGUUGACAACCUGGAUGCCAUCUGCAAUCUAAGUCAAGGCCGUCCCAGAUACCCAUCCAGCUUCUUCCCGAAUUCCAGGUUCGGUCACUUCCGCCGCCGUGGCAACGCCAUCAACCGCCUGGAGUGGUGGUACAGUUUGUGCUGCAGCGGAGAGGUCGCAGAGCAGAGGGACCCGAUCCUCUGCUGCACCAAACAAGCUUGGAAACAAUCCCUGUCCCAGUUCUGUACCGAAGAGUAUUCCACCAUGACGAACGCAUACGAGUGCUGUCAGGACAAAGGAGACGCUCGGUGGGCGUGCUUCGACAGCGAGCUGCCGAACCCAAACUAUGACCCAGAACCAAACUACUCUGCACCCGUCGUCCCCGAGGAGCCGGGAUUCACCUUCAACGCAAAUACUUGCUGAAGUUAGACGAAGAAGUAAAUCUAUGCAAUAUGAAACCAAAGUGAACCAAAUAGUUAGUUUAAACUAUUUUGAGAUUGAAUAAUAAUUUUUUUGUAGAACUUUGGGAGUGAGAUUGGCUUAAUGUGGCGCAUUAGAAAACAUACGUCAUAUGCUGAGCUCAUAAUGUGAUAUGUCAUGCAGAUCUGUGUCACAGAGGAGGACAGGACAUGCUGGUUGUGCUAAUGCUGAGUCAUGAUACAGCGCAUUCAGUUCUUAUGUUAACCAGCUUUGUCACAACAACAGAAAACAUGUUUGCACUUUUUUUUCACUCCGUGUCAUAGCUCAAGUAAAUUGUCUUCAAUGGAUGUUACAGUUUCUAACAUGUACUGUGUAUUCUUUGUUAGGGAAAUAAAGGAUGAAAUAUAGACAUAA